AUGAAAGAAUAGUAAUCUCAAAAAUAAGAAUAUGAAAGUUAAUAAGAGAUUUAAAAUUUGAAAACAAAAUUAGAAGAAUAAUAAUAAUCAAGUAAUAUGAAGGAAUAGUAAUCACAAAAAAAAGAAUAAGAAUUUUAGGAAAAAAUUGAAAAUUUACAAUCACAAUUAGUAGAAUUAUAAUAAUCAAGUAACAUGAAAGAAUAGUAAUCUCAAAAAUAAGAAUUAGAAAGUUAAUAAGAGAUUUAAAAUUUGAAGUCAAAAUUAGAAGAAUUAUAAUAAUCAAGUAAUAUGAAAGAAUUGUAAUCACAAAAAUAAGAAUUAGAAAGUUAAUAAGAGAUUUAAAUUUUGAAAUCCAAAUUAGAAGAAUAAUAAUAAUCAAGUAACGUUAAAGAAUAGUAAUCUCAAAAAUAAGAAUAAGAUUUAUAGGAAUAGAUUAGAAAUUUACAAUCAUAACUUGAACAAUUAUAAUAAUCAAGUAACAUGAAAGAAUAGUAAUCUCAAAAAUAAGAAUUAGAAAGUUAAUAAGAGAUUUAAAAUUUGAAGUCAAAAUUAGAAGAAUUAUAAUAAUCAAGUAAUAUGAAAGAAUUGUAAUCACAAAUAACUUUACAAUCACAACUUGAACAAUUAUAAUAAUCAAGUAACAUGAAAGAAUAGUAAUCUCAAAAAUAAGAAUUAGAAUGUUAAUAAGAGAUUUAAAAUUUGAAGUCAAAAUUAGAAGAAUUAUAAUAAUCAAGUAAUAUGAAAGAAUUGUAAUCACAAAAAAACGAAUAAGAAUUUUAGGAAUAAAUUAUAACUUUACAAUCACAACUUGAACAAUUAUAAUAAUCAAGUAACAUGAAAGAAUAGUAAUCUCAAAAAUAAGAAUUAGAAUGUUAAUAAGAGAUUUAAAAUUUGAAGUCAAAAUUAGAAGAAUUAUAAUAAUCAAGUAAUAUGAAAGAAUUGUAAUCACAAAAAAACGAAUAAGAAUUUUAGGAAUAAAUUAUAACUUUACAAUCACAACUUGAACAAUUAUAAUAAUCAAGUAACAUGAAAGAAUAGUAAUCUCAAAAAUAAGAAUUAGAAUGUUAAUAAGAGAUUUAAAAUUUGAAGUCAAAAUUAGAAGAAUUAUAAUAAUCAAGUAAUAUGAAAGAAUUGUAAUCACAAAAAAACGAAUAAGAAUUUUAGGAAUAAAUUAUAACUUUACAAUCACAACUUGAACAAUUAUAAUAAUCAAGUAACAUGAAAGAAUAGUAAUCUCAAAAAUAAGAAUUAGAAUGUUAAUAAGAGAUUUAAAAUUUGAAGUCAAAAUUAGAAGAAUUAUAAUAAUCAAGUAAUAUGAAAGAAUUGUAAUCACAAAAAAACGAAUAAGAAUUUUAGGAAUAAAUUAUAACUUUACAAUCACAACUUGAACAAUUAUAAUAAUCAAGUAACAUGAAAGAAUAGUAAUCUCAAAAAUAAGAAUUAGAAUGUUAAUAAGAGAUUUAAAAUUUGAAGUCAAAAUUAGAAGAAUUAUAAUAAUCAAGUAAUAUGAAAGAAUUGUAAUCACAAAAAAACGAAUAAGAAUUUUAGGAAUAAAUUAUAACUUUACAAUCACAACUUGAACAAUUAUAAUAAUCAAGUAACAUGAAAGAAUAGUAAUCUCAAAAAUAAGAAUUAGAAUGUUAAUAAGAGAUUUAAAAUUUGAAGUCAAAAUUAGAAGAAUUAUAAUAAUCAAGUAAUAUGAAAGAAUUGUAAUCACAAAAAAACGAAUAAGAAUUUUAGGAAUAAAUUAUAACUUUACAAUCACAACUUGAACAAUUAUAAUAAUCAAGUAACAUGAAAGAAUAGUAAUCUCAAAAAUAAGAAUUAGAAUGUUAAUAAGAGAUUUAAAAUUUGAAGUCAAAAUUAGAAGAAUUAUAAUAAUCAAGUAAUAUGAAAGAAUUGUAAUCACAAAAAAACGAAUAAGAAUUUUAGGAAUAAAUUAUAACUUUACAAUCACAACUUGAACAAUUAUAAUAAUCAAGUAACAUGAAAGAAUAGUAAUCUCAAAAAUAAGAAUUAGAAUGUUAAUAAGAGAUUUAAAAUUUGAAGUCAAAAUUAGAAGAAUUAUAAUAAUCAAGUAAUAUGAAAGAAUUGUAAUCACAAAAAAACGAAUAAGAAUUUUAGGAAUAAAUUAUAACUUUACAAUCACAACUUGAACAAUUAUAAUAAUCAAGUAACAUGAAAGAAUAGUAAUCUCAAAAAUAAGAAUUAGAAUGUUAAUAAGAGAUUUCAAAUUUGAAGUCAAAAUUAGAAGAAUUAUAAUAAUCAAGUAAUAUGAAAGAAUUGUAAUCACAAAAAAACGAAUAAGAAUUUUAGGAAUAAAUUAUAACUUUACAAUCACAACUUGAACAUUUAUAAUAAUCUAGUAACAUGAAAGAAUAGUAAUAUUAAAAAUAAGAAUAAGAAGUUUAAUAAUAGAUUCAAUAUUUUCAAUCACAUAUUGAAUAAUUAUAGUCUUAAAGUCAAAUUUAAGAAUCGUAAUUUAAAGAAAGAGAAUUACAAUAAGAAUCAGAAUCAUAAAUUAUAAAGACUUAAUACGAAGAAUUACUUUAAGAAAAAGUUAUUUAUUAAUAGUAAUCUUAAGAAAAGGAAUUGUAAUUAGAAAAUGAAAUUCUAAAUAUGAAAUCAAAAGAUGAAUAAAUAUUAUUAACAAAUGCAAAUCAAGAAUAACAAAACCAAGUUUAGGAAUUAUAAUAUUUAUAAGAAAUUGAAAAUUUGAAAUAUGAAUAUGAAUAAAUAUAACAUUAAUAAGAGUCAUAGUUCAAAGAAAAAGAAAUGCAAUAUUUACAAGAAAUCGAUAAUUUAAAACACCAACAAAAAUAAAUAUAAUUAGAUAUCGAUGAUAAAGAUUUGCAAGAUGAACUAAAUUUAUUAAAAAGUUAAAUUUAAUAAUAUGAAAUUAAUGAUAAAAAUUAUCAGUAAUAAAUUGAAGAACUUAAAGAACAUAUUCAAAAUCUUGAAGAUUUUUCUUAAGUCUCCGAAAAUCAUAUUUCUGAAUAAAACGAGAAAGAAUAACAAUUAAUUAAAUAAAUAGAUCAUUUAAAAUUAGAAAAUGAACAAUUUGUUUAGUAAUCUGAAUAAUUUAAAGAUUAAAUUUAAAUAUUGCAGCUUUAAAAUGAAAAAAUAACUAAUGAAUCUACAGAAUUAGAAAAAUAAAUUUAAGAAUUAAAAUUAACUUAAAUUAAUCUAUAAAAUUAAAUUAUAGAAUAUGAAGAUAAAUUUAAUCAACUCAAAAUAGAAAAUGAAUAGAAUUGUACCAAAAUCAAAGAAGCUGAAGAAUUAUUAAAAUAAAAUAGUGAGUUAGAAAAAAAACUUAAAAAUUAAAAUGAUGCAAUUUAAAAACUUUGCGAAUAAGUUGGAUUACUUGAAGAUGAACAUCCUAAUGAAUAUUUAGCAACUUAAAAAGCAAAAAUUAUUUAGUUAUAAAAAGAUUUGGACAAUUAAAAAAUUGAAAUUAAAAAUUUACAAUAAGAAAUAAAAAUGUAUUAAGAAAAAGAAGCUUAAAUUAAGGUUUAUAAAGAAAGAUUAGAGAAAAAAUAUUUAGAAUAAAUUUCUGAAUUAUCAAGCCAUCAAGAUGAAAUGUUUAUCUAAAUAAAGGAAUUAAGAUCUAAAGCUUUAAUGAGUGAUGAAUACUUAAAAAAGAACAAAGACCUGGAAAUGACUCUCAAAUUUAAAUAAGAUUAAUUAAUGAGCUAUUCGUAAAAAAUAUAGGAAUAGUCAGUUUAUAUAGAUUAGCUUGAGCUUAAAGUAUAGGAAUUAAAAUAAACAAGUGAGUUUAUGUUCACAAUAUGA